GGUUUUUGCUACUGAAUGUUUACCAUAUGCCAGUGGGUGGAGAAGGAUGGCUAAAGCCCCAGAGCCGCUUAGCUGUGGGCGUGCGUUGGCUCUUUGACUCUCGGCUCAGCACCCCGCCCGGCAAAAAGCACCGCUUCGCCCGCUUCAACCGCUUCAACGCCAUGGCCCUCCGCCGCUUCAACGCCGGUGGCAAGAAGCAGAAGGAGCUCACUGAGGAGCAGAAGCAAGAGAUCAAGGAAGCCUUCGACCUCUUCGACACCGAUGGCUCCGGCGAGAUCGACUCCAAGGAGCUGAAGGUGGCGAUGCGCGCCCUGGGCUUCGAGCCGAAGAAGGAGGAGAUCCAGAAGAUGAUCUCUGACGUGGAUGAUGAUGGCUCUGGCACCAUUGGCUAUGAGGAGUUCCUGAAGAUGAUGACUCACAAGAUCCUGAACCGUGAUCCCAAGGACGAGAUCCUGAAGGCCUUCCGCCUCUUUGACGACGACGAGACGGGCAAGAUCUCCUUUAAGAACUUGAAGCGCGUGGCAAAGGAGUUGGGUGAGCGCAUGACCGACGAGGAGCUGCAGGAGAUGAUCGACGAGGCAGACCGCGACGGGGACGGCGAGGUGAACGAGGAGGAGUUUUUGCGGAUCAUGAAGAAGACCAACUUGUUCUGAGCCGGGAAUGCUACGAGGGCGGCGAUUGCCCGGGUUUUUCUUGUGAUGUUAC